AUGUCAAGAGGAUACAGGUACGCUUUAACGUGUGUGGACCGUUUCUCGCGCUGGCCCGAAGUGAUCCCCGUCGAGAAUAUAGAGGCAUCCACCAUCGCAAAAGCUUUCGUGACCGGAUGGGUAUCCCGAUUCGGAACGCCGUUGCGAAUAACAACGGAUCAAGGCAGACAAUUCCAGUCACAGCUUUUCAUGGAGCUUAACGCCACGCUAGGUACCAAGCACUUUCGGACGACCGCUUGCCACCCCGCUGCCAACGGUCUCGUGGAAAGAUUCCACCGUCAACUCAAAGGCGCCAUCCGAUGCCAAGCCACUGAAAAAUGGGUCGAUAUCUUACCCGUGGUCCUGCUGGGCAUCAGGUCAGCCUGGCGAGACGAUCUCUCAGCAACGACAGCAGAAUUAGUCUACGGCGAACUUCUCAGACUCCCGGGCGAAUUCUUGGCACCUAGAGAAUCGCGCAGGAACGAGGAAGGUGCGACGAACUUCACCCAAGAAUUGAAAAAGCAUUUUCAACAGCUUCAACCGGUUCACGGAACCAGGCACGGAAGUAAAAAGAUCUUUGUCUUCAGAGACCUAGCCACCUGUACACAUGUUUGGAUUCGCUUGGGUGGCGAACACCACUCGUCGUUGGAAGUCCCAUACGAGGGCCCAUAUCCCGUCACCAACCGGAACGACAGGACGUUCACCCUGGAGAAGAAAGGAAAGCAAAUUACCGUUUCAAUCGACCGCUUGAAACCAGCCUACAUCUUGUCGGGAGAGGAACAACGCCAGGAGGAUCCACAACGCCCAGAGGCUACGCGGAAUAAUUCAGGACCCCAGCAGACAGACCUUGCUCCACCAACAACGCGAUAUGGAAGACGCGUUAGAUUCCCUGACCAUUUCCAGGCAGGUCUCUAG